GGAAGAUUAGAAGUGAAGCUCUGUGUACCAAAUCAUAAUUUAGGAAACUCAGGGGCUUAUUUUACAAUUUUCUCCUUUUCUAAUCUUGUAAGUUACAAUAACCUGUUAAACGGAACCAAUAGCCUUAUCCGCUACUUUGCAAGAGUUCACCUGAUUUCUGCGCCUCUGCUUGAAAUCCUAAACUCAAUCAAAACAAAGAAUGGUUGCGACGUUGAUUACGAGUGUAGCUCAAUGCUUUCUCUCUGUUUCGCCCAAAACCUUAGCCAAACAAACUCGCGCAGCCAUUCUUCUCAACAAACCAAACCCUCUUUCAUUAAGGUUCCCUAAAGCUACGAGGUUAACUCCGCUUCCUCGGAGAAGACUGCUUCCACUUUGCUUCUUCAAUGCUGGAAAAGACAAUCCCAAUGUCCAAGACAAGGAAGAGCCUGAAUUGGAGUGGCCAAUACUCAAGCGAUGGGAGGUUCCCUGGGAAUGGCAAACAGUUUCAUUAACUUCACUUGCCUGUGGAUUAGGUUUUAUUUUGACAGGAUUGAUAGAGACAGCAGCUAUACCUUAUCUAGGACUUCAUAUUGAAGAACUAAGUUUGGACGAGAAGGCUGAGAUACUAUUUGUGGAUCAAAGCAUUACAACUAUAGUUGUACUUGGAGUUUUGUAUGGUAUAGCCAACACCUUUCAACCCCUUCCUGAAGACCUAUUUCGUUAUGAUUUGAGGGAUCCUUUCAAUCUAAAGAAAGGAUGGCUCCUGUGGGCAGUGAUUGGUCUUGUUGCUGCUAUUGUUGCUAUUGCUUUAACAGGGCCUGCUAUGUCCUUGUUUCGUGGUGAGGACACGCAAAGAGAGACUGAUGCUCUAGUUCGCUUGCUUCCAUUAAUUGGAUCCUCAAGUAUCAGCACUGCUUGCUUGGUGGGCAUUACAGGUGUUCUGGCUCCACUUCUUGAGGAGACACUGUUUCGAGGGUUUUUUAUGACAUCCCUGACAAAGUGGGUUCCUACACCAGUUUCUGUAAUUAUCAGUGCCGCUGUAUUUGCACUUGCACAUCUCACUCCUGGAGAGUUUCCCCAGCUAUUUGUGCUAGGGACUGCUUUGGGAUUUUCAUAUGCUCAAACUCGCAAUCUGGUGACUCCUAUCACAAUCCACGCUUUCUGGAACUCUGGAGUGAUUUUGCUUCUUACGUUUCUUCAGUUGCAAGGGUAUGAUAUCAAGGAAUUGUUACAGGCAACCUGAUUAAGUUCAGAAGUUUCCUUCCUGUUGAUCUGAUGAGUUUUUCUACCUGCUGAUGGCAUGGAUAAUGGAGCUUUCUGCCGGUUUGCUUGUUAUAUGGCAGUCUGUAUACUUCAAAAUUUGAUUUUUAGCGUCAGUGUAAUAAAUCAGCCAAAGCGGCACAAGUUGAAAUCAUAUGCAUGUGUAAAGUUGAUCAGUUAACUUGCAAGCAAAAGAAUAGUAUGAGCUUAGAUUCUUCAGCAGAACUGCACGCAUUUUAGAACCGUAGAGAAUUGUCUAACUUUGACAAAGACGAGCUUAUGGAGCCUAUAAAAUGCAGGUUAAUUUGCUCAGACAAGCUCAGACAUUGCAUCAAGAAAUUGAAUGAUGGUGAUUUGGACUCUUAACAUUAGUGCGAUACAAACUUCCAUCUUUGAGCAAAACUCGUAAUUUUUUGAUAGAACCGUAAGGUGAAGAUCAAUAAUUUGCUUACAUUCACAGCAACAUCUGACUAAGAUGUCUUAGAAACCAAGAUAAGCCAUUUCGUUAGGACAAGAUACAGCUCACGUGCUACCUACUUUGAUCUUUGGAAUGCUUUCAUGUAAUAAUAGAUCAUUUAUCUUUAUCCCUAUUUCUUCUUCAACUACUCAUUUUAGUUUCUUUCUACCAUUCUGUUUUUCUGAUUUUUAACAAUCUCAAGGACAAGUCGAUGGGAGAUUUGAAAUGGGCCAAAACAAUGAUAAAAUGACUUCAAAGAUAAGGGCAAAAGCAAGCUAAUAGUAGAACUGCCUAGUUGAAUAACGAAUAUUGCAAAGUCAAGGCUUGGGAUUGGAUUCUUCUUCAAUGGAAAAAUGGGCUCCAAGAAGAUUGAUAAAUGAACUUCAUAAAGAGAAAAGAAAACCCAUUUAGAUUGGAUUUGGAUUUGAUGAACAAGAAAAGCAAUUGGAUUUGAAUUGUUUUUUUGAACAAAAGUGGGCUUUCCACUUACACGAUUGUAAUUAAGUGGGGUUAAUGUUUCACGUAGAAAGAGGCAUAGAAGCCUGGGUUUGAAGAGUUUGACUCAAUAUUUUAAAAAAUAAGUUAUGGUUGGGAUGCAAGCCCUAGGUCAAGGAACA